GAUUCGCGUAAUGCCACAAAAGAUUUUGGCCACCUGAGGCAUUAGGGGUUAAUUAAGAGAGGAUUAACCAUUUUGUACGUCUUAGAUUAUUGGGGAUUCAUUUCAUGUAAUGCUGUUGUAUUUCUCUGCUAAAGUUGGGAUUUUUCUCUCAGGGUUGUGUUAGUUUAACUAUUGAGCUUUAGAAAUUGAUUAGCUUUUUUAUGUUCUAAGAAGAUUUGGUGAAGAUUGAUCUGUGGACCAUAUUUCAGAAUCUGGGGUUCAAAUUUUUCUCACUUUAGUGCUGUGGCGAUCCUGGUGUUGCCAGUGUAGCUAAAGCUUAACAGCAUAGUGUAAUUUUAAUAUGCUGGAAUGGGAAAAAACCACGAAAGCUUUCCUUUUGGUGGGUUUGUUAAACAUAUGUUCUUAUUUUACUAGCUUACUAUCCAAAUCUUUGUCAGGUUACUGAAUUUGCUUUCUAAAAAUAUUCUCUUUUUCUGUUCUUUUUUUUUUCUCAAAGGAUAGUGAUGCACUUUCAUUUCCUAGUUCUGCUAUUAUGUAAAGGAGUCUUUAAUAUGAGUCCAAGGUUCAUUGCUCCUUUGGCAUUGAUGAUUAUUUUUUUACAUGUACUGAUCACUGAUGUUUCAUUUCAUUGAGAAAAAGCAUUAGAAUUGGAUAUGGAAUUUGGGCUUUGAACUUAGUAGCGGACAAAUCAUAUACAAAUGGCAAACAGUCUUUUGGCUGUUUAUGUGAUUUUGAGAGACGAACAUGUGUACUUGCAUACAUAGUUACCGGGCUUCUAUUUUGUAGGAAAAAAAAAUACUUGAAUUUUAUAAUGUAUGUAUCCUCUAUUUUGUAGGGAAAAAAAAAUACUUGAAGUUUUAUUGAAGCCAAACUCAGCCAUAAGGAUUUGCUCAUUUUUGUAAGGCUUGUUGUGGGAGGAUAAAUGUAAUUAACCCUAUUUUAAGCGAACUGAAUGAAGUCACCCACUCCAACCCCAUCGGCCCUGCUUGCUGACCAACUCGGCCAACCACUUCCCUCCCUGGCUCCACCCAUUUUCAGUCUCCUCCGCCGCUGAGCCGCCGAGCCCCUCUCCUUCUCCGUUUGACUGGAACCCAAGGCCGAUAGAACGAGCAAACUCGCCAAUCUACAGGUUUUGUGUUAAGGUACCCACUCUAUUGUGAAGUCCAAACAAAUUUGAUAUAUUUUUGCAGAAUUGAUGAAUGAUGUCCUAUAGAAUUGCUCAAAUACGUCUUGUAAAUUCACAUCCUGAAGUCUAUGAUCCCUGUGAUGACUCAUUUGCACUAGUUGAUGCACUUCUAGCUGAUCGAACAAACUUGCUUGAGCAUCGUCCAAUUUUUUGCUUGGAAAUCGGUUGUGGUAGUGGAUAUGUGAUUACUUCCCUUGCACUUUUGCUUGGGGGUGAUGUCUGUGGAUCCUACUUUAUUGCAACAGACAUUAACCCUCAUGCUUUGGAUGUGACAAGUGAUACAUUGAAAGCACAUGGAGUUCAUGCUGAAUUGGUAAAUACCGAUGUUGCAGCGGGUCUGGAGGGGCGAUUGAUGGGAUUGGUAGAUGUUAUGGUUGUUAACCCACCUUAUGUGCCAACACCUGAAGAAGAAGUGGGUUGUGAUGGGAUUACUUCUGCAUGGGCUGGAGGAGAAAAUGGACGGAGUGUUAUUGAUAAGAUAUUGCCCAUUGCAGACAGGCUUUUGUCUGAUAAGGGUUGGUUAUAUAUGGUUACCCUCACUGCGAAUGACCCUUCUGAUAUAUGCCUUCAGAUGAAAAAGAAAGGUUAUGCUGCUCGUAUCGUGUUGCAGAGAUCAACAGAAGAAGAGAGUCUCCAUGUUAUUAAAUUUUGGCGAGAUCCAAAUAGCAAAUUGGAGGCAAACGAAGCGAAGGUGUUGAAUCAUGGUACUGCUAUUGGAUCAUUUAUUUCUCAAUUUUCUCAAGUAUCACUCUGGAAAAUUAGAAAUAGCACAAACAACUAAUAGUAAACCUUGAAGUUGGAAAGUUAUUAUCCACAUCAUCUAAUUCUGGUGUCUUUAUUCCUUGCUUUGAAAGUCAUAUCCAAAUGAUCAAGCUGAGGGUCCUCUUGAGGCCAGUGUAAAACUGUUGGAAAUUUCAAUAUAAGCUACAGGAUGCUUAAUCAUU